GCGGGUGUGAGGCUGCUCCGCGGGGCCCUGCCGCGGCCGUGGCUCCGCGGGCACCGGGGCUGCCUCCUUGCAGAGCGGAGGAGCGGAGCGGACGGGCGGCUCUCCCCGCUGCCCCCGCCCCGGGGCACCGGCGGCUGAGGGGAGCGCGUCCCGCCCCGGCGGGUCCUGCCGCCCUCCCUGCUCCGGUGCGACUCCGGCUUUCCUUCCCUCCCCUCCGGCCGGACAAGCGGCUUUUACCCCCGGGGCUUCGUGGAGUUUUGCGUGGGGAAGGCUGGGAGCGAGGCACGGCCAGAUCAGAGGCUAAAAAUGGCACUUGGACACUCUGAAACCAGUGAGGUUCUGAGAAUUACUGCUGAGCAGGAAUAUGCCCUUGGUGGUGAUGGCACAUCAGGAUCCAGGAUGAUGGACCAAAGCUUGUCAGCUCUAGUCACAGAGUAUGGAAAACAGGUGGAGAAAAUGAGAGAACAGCUGCAGCUUUAUCAGGCACAAAUGGGUGAGAUGAAGCUAAAAUUGGAAGAAGUCACCAAGGAAAAUGAAAGGCUGCAUGCAGAGUUGAAAGAGCCUCUUGAGAAGCAACUGGAGGCUCUUCCUUUUGUGCAUCCUGAAACUGAUAUUCCUGCAGAUGAAGGCACAGUGAGAGCCCUUCAAGAAGAACUACGGCUGGCAAAGCAAGAGAAAGACCAAGCAGUUGAGCGCUGGCAGACGCUGUCACAGGAGCACGACCGACUUCAGCAGCAGUACCAGGAGCGCCUGACUAGAACACACGUUCUCAUAGCUGAAAGGAAAAAGCAGAAUGAUCAACUGAGUAGCAUUCAGCAGCUGACUCGCCAACUGCACAUGACCAAUCAGCAGUUUCUGAAAACUGUGACAGAACAAGAUGUGGAACUAGAGCAGCUACGAAAACAACUGAGGCAAGCCAAAAUAGAUGGACAGGCAGCAAAUGUUAAGCUUGAAGAAAUGAUGGCAUUGAAAGAGAAGCUUCAGAGCCAGUUGGAGAGAAAGGAAGAAGACAGGAUGUCUGCCCAGGAGAGAGAAACAGCAUCUGACAAACGCUUGCAGCAAAUGCAGUCUAACAUAAAACAGUUAGAAGUAAGAUUGUGUGUGACUAUUCAAGAUGCUGAACAACUGAGAACAGAAAAAGUAGCCCUGGAGGAGCAGAUCAGAGAGCUUCAGGCCAAGUCUGCCAAUCUGGAAAGUGAGACAUAUGAUGCUGUUGCAAAAGUCCAAGAUUGCAUACAGCUCUUGGAAGAAGCUAACCUGCAAAAAAGUCAGGCACUCUUUGGGGAGAAACAAAAGGAAGAAGAGAUCAAAAAACUGCAGGAUGAAAUGUCUCAACUUGCAGAAAAUACUGCUGCAAGAAUUAGAAAGGAAGUAGACACUGCAAAGAAGCAAUGUAACAUGCAGCUUUCUCGGCUGACAGAAGAAGUUUCAGCUCUUCAAAUGGAAUGUGGAGAGAAACAAAGUCAAAUUGAACGAGCCAUUAGAGAGAAGAGAGCAGUGGAAGAGGAACUUGAAAAGAUUUACAGGGAACACAGAGAGCAUGAAUUUGACAGUAGGAAGCUUGAGCAGCUGCAUCAGAAGUAUUUACUUGCAGAAGCUGCCAAGGAUGACCUCCAGAGGAGUCUACAGAAGACACAAAAUAAACUGAAACAACUGGAAAUGAACUCUGAAGAAGAGAAAUCUCGUUGCCAGGAAGUUAUCUGUAAAUUGCAAAGCACUCUGGAUUCAGAAAGAGAAAAGAGUGCCUUUGUCAGUGAACAAAGACUAAAACUUCAGCAGGAGAAUGAACAAUUGCAAAAUGAAAUGGAGGGUUUGAGAAAACUGGCGGUAGAGGCCCAAAAAAAAGCUAAAGUAAAGAUAAGCACAAUGGAGCAUGAGCAUGCAGUGAAAGAACAUGGGUAUGAAGCUCGACUCAGGGAGAUGGAGGACACCAGUCACAAGUCCACUACUGAGCUCAGACGGCUCUUAGUCGCUCAGCAAAAAGCAACAAACAGGUGGAAAGAAGAAACAAAAAACCUCACUGAAACUGCAGAAGCCAGGAUCAGUAAGCUGAAAAGUGAGCUGCGUCAACAAAAACUCCGUGGCCAGGAGCUCAUUUCCCAGCUGGAAAUAGCAAAUGAGAAGGUAACUGAGGAUGAGACGCUGAUGAUGGAAUAUCGGGAAUACAUCGACAGGCUUCAGAGGCGGCUGAGCCAGGCAGAACAGAGAGCGGCCACAGCAUCCCAGCAGGUACCCAGCUCACAAAAAGUGCUAUCCAAGCACAUGGAAUAUGCAAAAGUACUCACUUUACAUCAUUCCUGAGGCAGAGGUGAUCUGAUGAGCAUUAUUACCAACACAGUUUUAACAACCUUGGAUUUUGGACAUGUCACCUUCUGACAGGAUGUUUGACAGCUUAGGUUUGUUUGUGGAAACCAGUUUCAUAUGAAUGAAACCUGCACAGUUCAAAAUAUGUGAAUGAAGGUGUACAGGCCUUUCCAGCUUUAGAAAAGGCAAAUUAACAAAGACAAAAAAACCCUUAAAUAAUUGUAGCUGCUGUUUGCUGGUGUGCACCCACUGCAGUUACCACUGGCUCUGUGUGACAGCUCUGUGCAGCAGCUCCUGCAGUGGUAGAAAUUGUGCAGACAGAGUAGGAAAUGCUUGUUUCUUUCCAGGCCAUUGGAAAGGUAAAGGAGAGAGAGUGUAUCCCUCUUGGUAUUAAAUGUUUUCCAUAGUGUUUCAGCUGUACAACUUGAAGCAAAUCCCAUGGGGGCUUAUAUACUGAGUUCAUUUUUUUGCCAAGGAAGUUCAUUACUCAAGUUGGCCUCCUAUUAAGUAAAGAUGGUCUUUCUGCCUCCUGCUUUUUUUUUUUUUUUUUUUCAGUGAUUUAGGAAAACCAUUUGCAAAUUACAGCUUGUUAAUGUGGGUGACCCCAUGUGAGCUGCAGAGAGGAGAGAUGUUUGGCUGACCUAAAUUGCUCAGUUAGGACAAAUGGCAUUUUUUUUUCCCAACAGCAGUGAAUAAAUGGGCAUAGCUGCCAAGCUGUCAUAACAUAAGCUGUGGUUCCUGGCUCUAAAUGCUCUCUGUCAUGACAAGGUCUAUUCAGCUGCUGAAGAUUUGCUCUGAAAGAGGAAUUUUUAUUUUUUUUUUAACCUCCUGUUUGUUAUGUGGAUCUGUUUAGCUCUAAUGCUUCUAAGAUGCUGUCUUCCCAUAAAAACCAAAACAUCCUUAUGUCACAUUUCAAGGGAAUAAACUCAUGGCCUUGGUGCCCAUAGAGGAAGAGGUCUUGCUGUUCCUGAAAACAUUGGUAAUUAGCUGUUCCUCACCAGGCUUUCUCUGAAAGAUAACAAAGAGAUUUGAUGUUAUGCAGCCCAAAUGCUGUUACCAGACUUCAAAACUGCCUUGCC